AUGCCGAAUCCGACGACUGCAUCACCAGUGACAAGAACUCUUCAUAUUGGAGAAGAUGUCGAGAUUACACUAUACAGCUUCGUUUAUUAUCCUAUGUGGUUCUGGGUCGUGAUUGCAGUUGGUUUCACAUUCUGUACAAUCAGUUGUGCGGUUUGGUUUUUCUGUGCAAUGGCAAGAUUGAGAAAAGAAAAGCCAUGUAAUCAUCCAGUGUACGAAGCUCGUACAAUCAUCACGAAAGACGGCGAAGAGAAGCCGGCAGAUAAGACUCAAAAAUCGGAAAAACACUGUAAAAAGGUGGGAGCACUGAGCGAGGCGGAGUCACUGGCCAAGAGUUUCAAGAGUGUCCGCUCGAAAAAGUCGACGAAAUCGUCGAGAAAAUCGGCGAAAUCCACGAAAUCCUCGCACAAGUCGGGCAAAUCGAUGAAGAAGAAGACGUCGAAGGAGAAUGUGGAUGAGCCGAGAAACGCCGAUGAGAAUCAGGAGGAUCACGGAGGUCAGAAGGGCGACGCAAAGUCUGGAAAAUCGAGGAAAUCGAGUAGAAAAGACGGUGGACACGAUGGGGAGAUGUUUGUGGUCGACAUGGAUCAACACGAGGUUCAAAGAGAGAAUAAUGGCGAGAACGUGCUUAAAAAAGUGAGUUUUUUGGAAGGUCAGUUCGGUAGAGCGCACUUGCAAACGCGCUCUACCGAAGAUCGGAUGGCUUAG